GACUUGGGAACACACAGAGCCCAUUGGCCGAAGUGCACAGGAGGCCGGUGGGACCCCGGCAAGAGACAGCAGGGGAACAUGUGGGCCUCCUGUGAACUUCCUACUCCCAUGUCCACCUUCUUCUUCCUCCCUUGCCUUCUCGCCCCUCCUAUAAAGUCCUUCCUCCCUCGUCGUCUCUCUCACGCCAGUUUCCCUUCUUCCUCAUUCCCUAAAUCGCUUCUACUUCGGCCUACGACAAGAUGUCGAACAGGAGGUCCCGAGUCUCGGAGGAAGAGAUCAACAGGCUCGUUUCCAAGCUCCAGUCUCUCCUGCCGGAGACCCGCCAACGAGGCGCCGGCAGGGCUUCAGCUGCGAAGCUGCUGAAGGAGACGUGCAACUACAUCAGGAGCCUCAACCGGGACGUGGACGACCUGAGCGACCGGCUCUCGGCCAUCAUGGCGACGAUGGACAGCAGCAGCGCCGAGGCCGAGAUGGUCCGGAGCCUCCUCCGGUCCUGAGCCGGCUCAGCCUCAACUGCCUUCCUUUGUUCUACGUCUACAAAUCUACAUAGAUAUGAACACAAUGUAACUUGUUAUGAGCUUAGAAAUCAGAUCCAGCAUCAGUAGUUUUCCCUUCA